CUCGCAUCAUCCCACUUCCACCUCCUCAAAUUGCAUCGUGGUUCACAGCUUGAUUUCGAAGAUUCUCACUCUCAAUUGCACACUUCCAUCAUGUCAUUCUCCAGCCUCGUCCAGGAUCUCAGCAUCCGCGACUCCAACAACAGCGGCAACGCUGCUGCCCGCCGGCCUCCCCCCGGCUCCAUCUCCACCGUGGACGACAGGCGAUCUCAAAUCUCCAGAGCCAUGUCCUAUGCUAGUACUACUGCUACUAGCGUCAGCAUCUCUGGUGAUAUCUCUAGCCAGCUGCAUGGAGGAUACUUCCAUCCUCUUGCCCGCACAUGGCAGGCUGAGCGCCAGCUGACAAAGUCUAUGCUCAUCUACCCCCUCUUUAUCACCGAUGGCGACGACGAUAUGAUCCUGGUUCCCUCUCUUCCUGGGCAGCACCAGCUGAGUGUCAGCAGGCUUACUAGCUUCCUCGAGCCCCUCGUGCACAAGGGUCUGCGCUCCGUCAUACUCUUUGGCGUACCCAUGAAGGCUGGCACUAAGGAUGCUCUCGGUACCGCGGCCGAUGACCCCGAAGGCCCUGUCAUCCAAGCUAUUCGUCUCAUUCGCCGCCGAUUCCCCCAGCUCUACAUUUGCACCGACGUCUGCCUCUGUGAAUACACCUCCCACGGCCACUGUGGUAUCCUUCGCGAUGACGGCAGUCUCAACAACCAGCUCUCUGUCGAUCGAAUUUCUGACGUUGCCGUUGCCUACGCUAAGGCUGGUGCUCACUGUGUUGCACCCUCUGACAUGAACGACGGCCGAAUCCGCGCCAUUAAGCUCAAGCUGAUCGAGGAAGGCAUCGCUCACAAAACCACGCUAAUGUCGUAUUCCGCUAAAUUCUCUGGUUGCUUGUAUGGGCCUUUCCGUGAGGCUGCUGGAUCUGCACCCUCCUUUGGUGACCGCAAGUGCUACCAGCUCCCUCCAAGCGGCCGCGGUCUCGCUCGCCGUGCCAUUAUCCGUGAUGUUGGCGAAGGUGCUGAUAUCCUCAUGGUGAAGCCUGCUGGCCAAUAUCUUGAUAUCAUCAGUGACGCAAAGGAACUUGCCAAGGAUCUCCCCAUUGCUGCUUAUCAGGUCAGUGGAGAGUACUCUAUGAUCUAUGCUGCAGCCAAGGCUGGCGUUUUCGAUCUGAAGGCCAUGGCUUUUGAAUCGACGGAGAGCAUCCUACGCGCGGGUGCCACAAUUGUCGUCAGCUACUUUACUCCUCAGUUCCUUGACUGGUUGGACAACUAAGCAGAUGUCGAAUACGAAAACGACUAACGAAAUGAUAUGCAUAUGGGGACGGCGUUACGGGCACAUAUACACACAACUCAAUGAGGGCUAGGCUGGUCCAAUAGGCCAGAUUACAUGGGACAUAAUAAAACUAGCAUGAUUGGAAGGGACAUUUUUACUAUAAGAAAAUAAUUCAGUCUUUUAUCCUUGAUCCGUUUUGUGUUCCGACGUUAACAAGACUGUGUAUGUACUUAGCAGCGUAUGUCACACUUUUAUUCCGCUAGUAGCGAUUUAUGAGGCCUUGAUUCAGCGAUGCCGAAUGCACGCUUUUAAACUCGAUCGCAAUAUACGAACCAAGAUCAGUCUCGAUUUGGUAAGGCUAGAUUUUAGAGAAGAGAUGAGGCGUCGUGGAAGUACAUUCCUUUCAGUCAAUACACCAAACACAAGCCUCCCUUUACAACAAAGCGCGGGGCAAACUCACC